GUUUUCAUGUUCAUCAUUUGUUGAAUGACCUCUUUGUGAAGAGCUUUUCAUGUGAAAUUUGGCCAUACUAGAGUACUUUUUUCAGAGCGUCUGCAAAAGCAAAUCUAGAGUCACUGUGUCUCCUCAGAGGUGUGACUUAUUCCUCAGUCGCCUCUGGCCUGUGUGUCUGGAGGUGUGGCUGAGAACCAGCAAGAGUUGCUCAUCCGUCUGGUUCCGUCUCUCGGCCAAAAUCACUGUGGUUGUCUCCAACAGACAGCCUCUCAGUGGGAGCGCAGCAGCGUUUGAAGGCCCCCGCCCCACCCCGGUCGACUUUCUCAUCUGGCUCCAGCAGUGUUGGUUUGGCUUCUGCAGCAGCUUGAGAAGGAGCGGUGUUUGUUUUGUCUAGUUGCUUGUUCUUGCAUUGGAGUUUUGAAGAUGGUCUCUGAGCUAGGGCCAGACUUCACAUGUCUCAUCCUGUGUCGGGAGGAGGAUGAGACGAUGAGACAGCUUCUGCUUUAUUUGCCAAAAAAGGAAGGACAGGAAGCGCAACAGAAGAGAAAAGAUUGCCAGUUUCCUGUACAGGGAAUCCUAAUCUAAAGUUGAUUUGUUGAUCUGAUGUACGUACUUAAAAAAACAUUCUGUGCCAAACUGCAUAUGAAACCAAAGUGAAGAGUGUCCUGCUGUCAGAAUAUGCUGCAGGAUGUAUCUCACCAAGACAGUGCUGCUGCUCCUCAUCACUGCUUCAUCUCCACGCUAAAGGGACCUGAGCAGCUUCACUGCAGCGCCAGGCAUCCACACAGUGCUGAGGCUGGGACUCAUGGUUUCCUGGAGCUGUGAGGCGUAACAGGUUUGAGUCUCUCCCUGGCUGAACCUGCUCCUGUUCCACAGGUAAAGUAUUAAGAUGGCCUAAUCAACUGACAUGGGUACGUAUUCAAAUGUUUAAGAACACUACAGACAUAGAAGAUUGGGCCUAACUUGAAAGCUGGUAAGGAGGUAAAAAAACCCCAUUCCUUAAAUUUAGUAGACCUGUAGUAAAUAUUGGUAUAUAACAUGAAGUUUUUUUCUGUCAGUGUUGGUGAGUCCACUUUUCAUUUCUGUGUCUCUUUGGCUGGCUUUCUCUGUUGGUAUAUUUUGUCUUGUUUUUUGGAGCUUGCAAAAUUACAAAUAAUUUCAGGAAAUCUAGACGAACACCCUUUCAAGUAAGUCAUGGUCACUGGUGGAUAAAGCACUGACAGACUUUGAUAAAGUACCCUGUUGUAGAAAUACUUUUUAGUGAGUAAAGGUCCUGCAAUCAGAUUUUUUAAACAAUUAAUUGGGAAAAAUAUGUUUAAAUGUGUCCAAGUAAAAUACUUGUCAUACCUGUCAGAGUGUUAAAUGUCAAAUAACUGGAGUAUUGUUACUAAUGCAUUAACUUGUAAGAAGCAGAUGAACUGGUAAGGGUUUUUUUUAAUGUAAAAUCAUAAUCUGUAAAGUAACGUUGCUGUAAAAUACAGAAUAUUUGUAUACAAAAUUAUAUAUAUUCUCUAAAUAUUGGUGUAGAAUAGGAAAUAGACUAAAUGUUUUUAGUUAUCUUCAACACUAAUGUCAGUAACAUCAAGUCUCCAGUUACAAUAUCUUCCACUGCAGUUCAGUCUCAUUCAUAAAAAUGUUUCAGCUUUAAUAGAGAUAUAAUAAGACAACAUAAGACACCCUGCAUAGGAACAAGAGGCAUGAAGGUCUCUAAUUGAGAAACAUUAGCUGCAGGCACUGCAGCUAGGUGAUGUAUAACCACUCAUCAGCAGGAGCGACCCCAGUCGUCACUGGUUGUGGUGUUUAAUAGGCAGCUGAAUAAGCUCCUGUGGGAACAUGAAAGUCAUAUAACUUAUAAUACAGUACAGUAUAUUCAGCUGUGCUGUGUCAGAUAUGUCAAAUUUAGGAUUUUGUUGAUAGAAACAGAAGCCAAAGAGCCAGUAGUUUGAUCGGUUUCUUGUUAUAAGGGGAUUGGAUUUCUGUGGUGCAAAUGUUACAGGGAAAUAUCACCGAUAUAGGAAUUUAAGAAUUAUCUUUUUGUCCCAGAAUAGUUCAGAUAAUGACUAUAAUAUGCAUCACUCCCACGUAAAGCUAGAAACUAAAAACUAAUUUUAUUCUCCAGUCAUAAUAAGUUGAAGGAUUUUCUUGUUUUCAAACCAGAUAUUUGAUAUUUAAAGAGCAUUUGAUUGCAACAUCUAUAAACACCUUGUGCUGUAUUUAUGUGCUGUUAGUGAGCUAAGGUGUUGUAGAGUCUAAAUCGGAUUAACUUUACAGAAUUUCAGAUUCUUAAAAGUAUCUCUUGGUAAAAUCUCAUAGUCUUAUUCAUAGAAUGGUGAAGUUCUUGUACCAAAAACAGCUUCUUGUUCCACUCAUGGCUCGUGUUGAUAUAGUGCAGUUUUCCUGAAUGGUGUGUAUGACUUACAAGAAAUUUCUUUAACCUUUUCGCAAUUAACUUAUUUUUUUUGUUCCAGGUCUUUUGAAUCUUCUGUACCAAACAGUGUCUGAACAUGUUUUUGAUUGUCUGUGUCAUUAAAAUGUUGAGUAUUUCAGGUUAUUCCCCUCAGCACAGACGCAAGGAAGAAAGAAAACCCAUGUGUUCUGUUUUCUCUGAAAAAGACAUUUAUCUGCAGAAUGACUGAAUGAACUCUGAAGUUAUGAGAGAACAAUGAAAAGUUGUUUCACGUCUGACAAGAGAAACUUUGCCUUGGUGAGUACAGUUUGGAUUUGCACUUAUCAUAUUUAUACCUGCAGUAUUUUCUAUUUAUAUUGUAAAUUAGAUUAAAUGUGUGCUUAAAUAAAAGCAGCUAUUUUUGAAAUACCCACUGAUGCUGUGUUUUUUUUUUUCCUGUAACAUCUGCCCUGAUAGAGUGAAGGCGUGUUAGGUCUGUUCUGGUUUUUAGACUCUCUGUCCUCUAGAGGGCAGAGCUGGGUGCAGCAGCAUCAAACUACCAGAGAAACAUGAACAGAGGACGUGUUCAGAGGGGAAUAAUGAUAUAGUAUCAGUAUGUUUCUUUUCAUAAGUAAUGUGAUAAGCUUAUCCUGGUGAUUUGUAGUUGACAGCUGAGAAAAUUAAUUAUGAGACAUUAAGCACUAAUGUCAAUAACAUUAGGUCUGCAGUGUUUAGAUCUUUAUCUUUUAAAAAGCAUUGUAACAUUUGCGUCACUUACGAAUCCUCUCAGUGUGAAAAGGGUUUCAGAUAUAAUGAAAGAACUAAAUUUAAAAAGCAAAUUAUGUCUCUUACAAAUACAUGUCAGCAACACAGAAUGUGCACCGCAGUUCAGACCUGAUGGACCUUUACAUUUUGUUUUAAGAACAAGCAGAAGAUGAGAAAAGUCAACAGAAACUGUGGGAAAAGUCAGACUUCACCACUUACUACCACAACUAUAAGGUGCUGAAAUGAACCUGCAUUAGUUUUAUUUGAUUGUGUCAAACGAGUCGUGCUAAAUGUCAGAUUAGAUUUCUCACUGUCAAAUCACUGUAUUUUAAAUGUCAUCCAUCAUCUUAAAUCUUUACUCUAAAUGGCAACAGGCAAAGUUAACAGUGCUGUUAUUCAGAUGUUCAUAUAGAUAAAUUAUCAGCAAAGGAGGAACUCAAACAGUCUGAAGAAAAGAUGAAACACUCUGCACAGCAAUUCAAACAGCAGUUAACACAUUAAUUUAAUUCAGCUGACAGUUACUGGAUUCUGAGUUUAUUUUAAAUCAGUAACUGAGUAAACAUAUCAACUGUACAUGGACUGACGUGAGAUUAAGAAAAAACGUACUUGGUUCCUUUUGUUUUCAUUAUCUUACUUGAUUUAUUAUAUAAUCUGUUAAGUGGUUUCUUAUCAGCUCAUUUGUUACAAGAGUUUCUGUAAGAAGGUGGAGCUGAGACUACACUGUUCACCUCUAUAAAAACACCCCACCUGCCCUUGUGUGACACAUGUACUGGCUCACUGUGAAAAUGAUGAAGACUGCCUUUGUGCUGCUGGCCCUCCUGGCCUUCUCACAGGCUCUUCUCAGGAUUCCCUUGAUGAGAGGGAAGUCAGCCAGGCAGCUGCUGGAGGAGAGAGGCCUGUUUGAAGAGUACAGGAGAAAGUUUCCAUACAACCCCGCUGCAAAGUUUCUCCCGAGGAAUGAGCAGAGUGAGGUGCCCAUGACCUUUGACCCAGACACAACAUACUACGGUGUGAUUGGCAUCGGGAAUCCACCUCAAUACUUUAAAGUUCUCUUUGACACCGGCUCCUCUGACCUGUGGGUUCCCUCUGUGAGCUGCACCACCUCUGCCUGCGACGGUCAUGUUAGGUUCAACAGCUCAGCAUCCUCCUCUUUUCAGGCUGGCACAAAGCCUUUUUACAUCUCAUACAACAGCGGAUUUGUAGCAGGAAGCACAGGAUAUGACAUCAUAAGGAUAAGUGAUCUCUACGUGGUGCACCAGGUGUUUGGCCUCACUGAAACAGAGGCGGUUUUCCUGGGAUCUGUGCCCUGGGACGGGAUUCUUGGUCUGGCUUUCCCUAGCCUGUCCAUUGAAGGAGGCACACCUAUAUUUGACAACCUGUGGAACCAGGGAAAAAUCCCACAGUACAUGUUCUCCAUGUACCUGAGCAGUUCUGUAGAGGGCAGUAUGUUGAUUCUGGGAGGAACAGAUCCCUCAUAUUACACUGGAGGCAUAAACUGGAUCCCUCUCUAUGGUGCCACUAACUUUUGGAACAUCCAGAUACAAAGCAUCACCAUUAAUGGGAACACUGUUGCAUGCUCUGGAGGCUGUGAGGCAGUGGUGGACUCUGGUACCUCUCUAAUCAUCGGACCGAGCAAAGACAUUAACAACAUCAAUGGCUGGUUGGGAGCCGCCCCUGGCCAGUAUGAUGAUGCUGCUGUCAGUUGCAGUAGCAUGAAUCUGUUGCCAGACAUUGUGUUCAACAUAAACGGCUACAGCUUCUCUCUUCCUCCAUCAGCGUAUAUCAUUAAGUCUGCAUCCGGGUGCAGGACAGGGUUCGCACCUGGCACCUGGAUCCUGGGUGAGGUCUUCAUGCGGCAGUUCUACACCGCCUUCGAUGUCAGCAACAACAUGGUGGGCUUUGCUCAGGCUGUGUGAAGAAAUAGAUCUGGAGGGUUUAGUCUUUGUCGCUCUGAGAGAUCCUGAGAUAUUUAGAAAGUACUGGACUUUAUUUUUAUAACCAAGAUUCACUGCAAAAACAUUCAUAUUCCUGAAUGAAACUAAUAAAAUGUUGCCUUUCAGACCUUUAA